CUCCCUUGUUUAAUCUGUGCAGUCCAUCGAACUCGAAUAGAACUUGAAGCGCAGCCGCCACCAGCCUUCCUUCACCACACUGCCUUCCUUCGAAUCGUCUCUGACUCUCCAGCGGCCCAGCCUUCCUUCACGAAUCACCACCCAGCCACCGCCACGCCAAAGCAUCAAAGACAGAACUCUCCAGCCUUCCUUCACGAUUCCUUCACGAAUCGUCUCCGACUCUUGCGAUCUCUCUCUCUCGGGCGAUUUUCUCUCACAGACAGAACUCUCGAUCCAGCACCGAGUCCGAGUCUCAGUCUCACCCCAAAUUAGGUUGUAGGGGGAUUAAAUCUGUGGGAAGGUUCUCUUGAUCUGGUUAAAGCUCGAAGAUCUGAAUUUCAAAAUGGACGUUUAUCAUUUGCCGUUAAACGCGUUUUAGAGGUGGGCAUCCUAAUAUUUUCAGAUGUGAUUUAUUUUGUGUAAAAUUUUUGGCACCAAAAAGAAAUUAUGGCACUGAGGAAGAAAUUGUGCGAGAGAUCCAAUUUCAAUGGCAAAAUUAUGGACAUCUUUGCAAGGUAUUACAGCUCGAAGAUGGACUUAAGGAAGCUAAAGCCUAUGAUUCAAAAGAGAAUCCAAAACCGAGCUAAAGAUUACCCAGUGCCUACCAUGGUACCAGUUGCCCAGGAGGUCCUUGAUUCCCGGAGGCUCGUUAUGCAAGGUGUCUCUACUCUUCUCAAAAUGGUACCAGUUUUGGCCUGCAAGUUCUGUCCAGAAGUAUAUAUAGGUGAGAAAGGCCACUUAAUUCAGACUUGUUGUGGCUUCAAACGUCGUGGCAAAAAUCGAGUUCAUGAAUGGAUAGUUGGUGGUUUGAAAGAUGUGCUUGUUCCAGUAGAGGCAUUUCACCUCAAGCACAUGUUCCAGGAUGUUAUAAAACACCAUCAGAGGUUUGACUUUGAACGUGUUCCUGCAGUUGUCGAGCUAUGCUGGCAAGCAGGGGCAAAUGAUGGAAAUUACUUAAAUUGGAACUCUGAAAAUGAUUGUGUUGGCGUUGAUGGAGCUGAGUCUUUGUCAUCUGAUGAACUGAUUCUGGUCGCCAGUGGAACUUUGAGGGCAUGGGAAAUACUUAGAAGUGGCGUGGAGAAGUUGCUGAUGGUUUAUCCAGCGAAAGUCUGUAAACAUUGUUCAGAAGUUCAUGUUGGGCCAUCUGGGCAUAAGGCUAGGCUUUGUGGAAUUUUUAAGUAUGAGAGUUGGCAGGGAACCCAUUUUUGGAGGAAGGCAAAUGUAGAUGAUCUUGUACCUCCAAAGACUGUAUGGCGGCGGCGUCCUCAGGAUCCUCAAGUACUUUUGAAUGAAGGGAGGGGAUUUUAUGGGCAUGCUCCGGGAGUAGUAGAACUAUGCACACAGGCAGGUGCCAUUGCACCUCCGAAGUAUCACUGCAUGAUGAAACUGCAGGGUGUAAGUACCAUACUUGGAGAUCAAAGGUUGCUCCACCCGAAUGAUGCCGGUUGAUUCGAAGGUAGAAUAUUGAACCCAGCAGAAGCUCCCCAAGACUGUUGGAUCACAGGUGUGUAGAAUUGCUUAUAGCUGUAACACUUGAUGAUCUGAAAUGGGAAAACGAAACACCACAAAAGCUCCCUUUAGAUGGUCUGUUCUUCGUUCUUGAGAAUGAUUGUAACAUCAGAUGACUGACAACGGAGUUCAAGAUGGGUUGCAAAAUCAACUGAACGCGUAUUGCCCCCUUCAGUUGGAGCAUGAAAGAGCUGAUCAAAUUUGUAGCUUUGCUUUAGCUAUGCAUGCAGAAACAGGAACGCGAAAAUUUAAUUAAGCUUUUCUUGUAUUUAAUGAUGUUUUAGAUGGUUAAUUCAACUUAAUAAAUCAUUGGAACGCUUAUUACUUAUGCU